AUGAGCUACAAAGACGACCCACCCUCCUACGACGAGGCUGCAGGCCCUAUUCGUACCAGUCUUCAUACAGGUACCUCUACAGCAGCUCCAGGAAACUACCAGCCGCCCCGCCACCGUCCUCGAACUCCACCAACGCUGGCUCAAACACUCCCAGACUUGUACAACCCUAACCCGGAUCUUUUGUUCAGGUACCCUACCAAGUAUUUCUGCCAAAAAUGUAAAAAUUACGGAUAUCGGUCCGACAAAGGCAACAAACCGUGUAAGGACUGCUGGAAGAAAUUUCACCGCCCGAUCACCUCAUCGUCUUCGGGGGGACACUAUAAUCCCCCAGCCCAAAAACCGGCACCCGCCCCAAGGCCUCCACAGCACAUAUACGCCCCCACGUAUGUUCCAGCCCCACCAGUAAUUCAGUAUGUCCCACAAGUCCAUUAUCAACCGGUAUUCUACCCUCCACCGCCAAGACCCAGAGUAGUGAGGCCCGGAGAUCCGUCAAUCGGCGGAAGAUUGUGCUGGCGUUGCAACGGGAGUGGCAGGGUCAUGGGGAUGUUUUUAUUCGACGACGAAAUAUGCUACACGUGCAAUGGUGUCGGGAGAGUCUUCUAA